UCCCCUCUGCUGCUGCUGCUGCUGACGCGCCGGGCGGGGCGCUUGCCUGGCCCCGCUCCCAGCCCGAAGAUGGCGCGCCCGUCCGGCUGGCUGCUGCUGGAGUUGGCGCUCAACGCCGCCGCCCUGCUCGCCGCCCUCGGCUCCGCCGCCGCCCUCGGCCUCGCCCAGGGGAGCUUUGGCGGCCGGUGCAUUCUGUACGGGUCGGUGGGCUACAACGGGACGCUGAGCCUCCUGAGUUCCAGCCCUCCCUCGCUCUGCUACUUCAUAUCCGCCGUCUCUGGGCUGACGGCCAUCUUCACCCUGGUCUCUCUGCUCCGCUGCCUCUACAGCUUGUGCUACGGCGACGGGCACUUGGUCCACUCCUGGGUCAGGACUUCCUUGGUGGUCUCAGCCACCUGCCUCUUCUUCCUUCUCGUCUCCGCCUGCGUUCUCCGCGUCGGCAUGGACGUCUUCUGCGGCUCCAUCCAGAAAUCCAAACCGGCGGUAAGGUAAGGA